UUCAUCCUCUUUCAGAUCUUCGCUCGUUUUUCUGCUUGUAUUCUCCUUCAUUGGAAGUGGAAAAAGAAAUUUGAUGUGAAAUUUCGAUCAUUGCAGAGCCUACUUUUAAAGUCAAUGAGAAGCGGAAUUGGGCAGCCUCACCGUCCAAAGUCAUAUAUCAUUUCACCACCAGCGGAAUCUCCGUCGCGGUUGCUACAGGCGUCACACAUCCUCUAGGUAUUAGUGUUCUUGAAGAGGAUAGAUAGGGGACAGCUGAGAAUUAUGACCCUGGUAUAUUAUAAUUUGUGGUUUCCUAGCUUUCAUUAGACAAAUAAUCUUCUGAUUUUAAAUCUAUUGAUUAAAACUUAUGCCUUGCUGCUUUUAUUCCAUUUAUGGUUGGGCUGGUUUGCAUUUAAUUCUUUUUUCCUUGUCAAAUUAACCACUCAUUGAAUCCUAAAUAAAAAUCGGAUGAAUUAGGGGUGUAUACUGUGAUAAUGGCCUAUUUUAAUCUCAAUGAACCAGAAGAAAUUGAGCCAAUGGCUAUUAAUUGCCUGAAAUGCAUCGUAAUUGAAAAAUUAUAUCUCAUUACAGUCAUUCUGAACAAACUCAGACAUAAGUACAAGAGUUAGAGUUGUCUGGAAUUGUGAUUGAACUGCUGAAAAGUGUUGAAGAUUAGUUAUUUACUUGAACUUAUGAUCGAAAUUCACACACAUAAAAAAUUGAAACUACGGUUGACUUGAGCUCAGAUAUUGCAAAGUAUCUCAAAUAAUAGAUUAACACUGUAGCUAACAGUGGCACUGCAUAAUUUUACUAGUUAUGUAGGGUUUAGAGAAGGUUAUUCGUGUAGCUAGGUACUUUCUAUGGAUGAUAAUAUGGAAAUUGUUUUAGCACUGUUCAAUCCAAGAAUUCUAAUUUUUCAACUUGUAACGCAGAUGUGCUCAAAGUUCGGCUCCAAAUGCAACUUGUGGGCCAGAAAGGUCCUUUGACUGGAAUGGUGUGAUAAGUUUUUAAUAUUACUUUGCAAUGAUGAUAUGGUUUAUUAGAUUCUUUUCAAAUGAGGUAUCAUUAUACAAUAUACAGGGACGUUUAUUUGUUCAACUAUUUAAAAAUGAAGGGCCAAAGGCUUUGUAUCUGGGAUUGACCCCUGCGUUAACAAGGUCAGUUCUCUAUGGAGGUCUCCGUUUAGGGCUGUAUGAACCCUCGAAGUAUGUCUGUGAUUUGUCUUUUGGUUCCACCAAUAUACUGGUUAAGAUUGCAUCAGGUGCAUUUGCUGGUGCAAUUGCAACUGCACUGACCAAUCCAGUUGAAGUUCUGAAGGUUCGCUUGCAGAUGAAUACAAACCCAAGCCAAGGAGGACCAGUUGCAGAAAUGCGUAGAAUUGUUUCUGAAGAGGGAAUAAGAGCACUCUGGAAGGGCAUUGGCCCCGCUAUGGCCAGAGCUGCUGCUUUGACUGCAUCACAACUUGCAACUUAUGAUGAAACCAAGCGGGUUCUGAUUCGGUGGACACCUCUGGAAGAAGGAUUUCAUCUACAUUUAUUGUCAAGUACAGUAGCAGGGACAGUGAGUACCCUUGUAACUGCACCCAUGGAUAUGAUUAAAACCCGCCUCAUGCUGCAACGGGAAUCUAAAAGAGUUCAAAGCUAUAAAAAUGGAUUUCAUUGUGCAUAUCAGGUUAUGCUCACAGAAGGCUCUAGUGCACUUUACAAGGGGGGCUUUGCCAUUUUUGCAAGAUUGGGUCCUCAAACUACAAUCACAUUUAUACUAUGUGAGAAACUGCGCAAGCUCGCUGGAUUGAAUGCCAUCUAGCUGCGGAAUUCCCAUUUAUAAUCACACACAAAUCACAAUAAUAUGCUCUUGUGCUUUUGUUCUGAAGUGUCAAAGAGCUUUCCUUAUCGCCAGCAAGUACUUCGAGGGGGACUAUAUUAGUGUAUUAGGUCAUUUGAGCGCCAAACUAGGAUUGGAGAACUGUGCUUAUGUAGGAUUUGGUAAGAAUGGUCGAGACUCAGGACUUCCAUCAAUUGUCAUGGAAGGAAUCCAUUUAUUUUAUUGAAUUUUUUAUACAACCAUUUUUGCUCUAUCCCCAUUUUUUCAAGCGUCAACUGUGUAUGUCGAGCUGAUUGUAUAUCAUAUUUACACAUUUCCUUUUUUUCUGAAUUUGAAACGGGGAUCAUGAAUAUAUUUGCUUUUCUGCAAA